AUGUCUGCGGCGAAAAAGAGAAAGUGCCAUUUUUUGGAUGAAUAUACGAAAGAGUGGAGUUUUAUAAAAAAAGGGCGUACGGAUGAAGAAGCGCUUUGUGUUAUUUGUAAUUGUUUUUUAUCAGUUACUCACGGAGGUAAAGCUGACGUAAAGCACCACAUUUCUACGACUAACCACAAAAAAAAAUUCGCUGUUGUAUCGACGUCAUCGCCCAUAUCCAAAUUUAUGAUUAAACAAGAUACCCAAGAAGAGUUGCUAAUUACGGCAGCAGAACUAACAACAGCUUAUAAAGUUGUAAAACAUCAUCAGUCUUUCAGUUCACUUGAUUGUAUCGUAAAACUGAAUGCCAUGAUGUAUUCCGACUCUAAAAUCGCAGCAAAACAAUCCACAGCCAGAACGAAGGCUACAGCAAUUGUUAAAAAUAUUCUCGCACCACAUUCUGUGUCAGAAAUAAAAAAAAAAUUGCAAGAAGUUUCAUAUUACGGAAUAGGCACUGAUGCGUCCAACCACAAAGCUCAAAAAAUGUUUCCUUUGAUUAUUCAAUAUUUCACUGAACAAGAUGGUAUCCAACAUAAACUAUUGAAGUUUGAUUCUUUAAAAAAUGAAACGUCGGAAACUAUCUCCAAAUAUUGUAUCGACACUUUAAGACAAUUGCAGAUUCCAUUGGAUAAGCUAAUUGAUUUUUGUGGGGACAACACCAACACCAACUUCGGAGGGCUUCAACGACGUGGUCAAUGCAAUGUUUUUCAUAAAAUAAAAGAAGACCUGGGAAGACCUAUAGAAGGUAUUGGAUGUCCAGCCCAUAUUCUGCACAAUACUAUAUCAAGCGCUUCUGGAAUAUUAUCAGUAGAUGUUGAAGUUAUCGUCCUUAAAAUAUUUAAUUAUUUUGCAAUAUACACGGUUAGGACAGAGAAACUGAAAGAGUUCUGUUCAUUUGUUGAUAUUAAUUAUCAAACUCUUUUGUCACAUUCACGAACAAGAUGGCUGUCAUUAAUGCCCGCGGUUGAAAGAAAUUUGAAACUUUGGACACCACUCAAAAAUUUUUUUGACUCUGCAGAAAGAGUACCUAAAAUUAUUUUAGAUUUUUUUAAAAGUCCGAUUAGUGAAAUUUAUUUCCUGUUUCUACAUUCCAACUUAAAUUUGUUUGAGAAAAACAUAAAAAGCGUUAAAAGAACAAAGUGUCAGUAA